AUGGACAUUAAAACCAAGACUUUGCCGUUGUACUCUGCACAGCAGCUUAAAGAGCAUAAUACCCAACAGGAUUGUUGGGUUUCGCUGGAUGACCGCAAAAUCUACGACGUCACAUCAUUUCUGGAAGACCACCCAGGUGGCGCACAAUUGAUCGUGGACUACGCCGGCAAAGAUAUCACUGAAAUCAUGAAGGAUGUGGCAUCGCAUGAACACUCGUUCACUGCGUACGAAAUACUUGAUGACAGCUAUUUGGUGGGCUACCUGGCCACGCCGGAAGAGGAGGCCAAGCUGUUGAAAGGCUCUGCUACCAAUGAACAGAUGGAGGUCAAGCUGGAGGACGAGUACGAUUCCACUGUUUUUGUGCCCGAAGUGCCCGCUGCGGAGAAACUUAGCAUCGUAACGGACUUUUCGCGUGACUACACCCGUCACAAGUUUCUGGAUUUGAACAAGCCUUUAUUGAUACAAAUGCUACGUGCGGAUUUUACGAAAGAGUUCUACCUGGAUCAGAUCCACCGUCCUCGUCAUUACGGGCGUGGCUCGGCGCCAUUAUUUGGAAAUUUCUUGGAGCCGCUUUCUAAGACAUCCUGGUACGUGAUCCCCAUUGUGUGGCUCCCAGUAAUUCUAUACCAUAUUAUCACGGCUUUCCAGAAUAUGAACCAACCUUUUGCAGCGUUUCUGUUCGCUGUGGGUCUCUUCGUGUGGACCCUCAUCGAGUACGGAAUGCAUCGUUUUAUCUUCCACUUGGAUGAGUAUCUGCCAAAUAACCAAAUUGCUUUCACCCUCCAUUUCCUUUUGCACGGCGUCCAUCAUUACCUUCCAAUGGACCGCUACAGAUUGGUGAUGCCACCCACCUUGUUUGUGUUGUUGUGCACUCCCUUCCACAAGUUAGUAUUUGCCAUUUUGCCUUAUUACUGGGGAUGUGCCGGAUUCGCCGGUGGUAUGUUUGGCUAUAUGUGCUAUGACUUGACGCAUUAUUUCCUUCACCAUGCCAAGCUUCCUAGCUAUUUGCAGAAACUAAAGAAAUACCACAUGGAGCACCACUACAAGAAUUACGAGUUAGGGUUUGGCGUGACUUCUUGGUUUUGGGAUAAAGUUUUUGGCACUUAUUUAGGAGAUGAUGCUCCAUUGUCCAAGAUGAAGUUUGAGUAA